AUCCCCGGAUUUAGCAAUUAAUCGGUGCUCCCGGAGAGCUGAAAGGCACUGCAGUCUAUGCCUUGCGUCGGGGGCAUCAAUCAUUCAACCGGCGCGCGGCACCGAGGGCGCAGUUGGGAAAGGGGAAACUUUCCCCGCAGAUGAUUUAAGAAACCGAAGCCGCGGCGAAAGCGGGUGGGGAGUCUGGCUGAGCUAUAGAAAUUGACCCAGGCGUGCCUGGCCGGGCUUGAAUUACCGCGGCGAUGCGCCUGCCGUUUCUCCCUGCAGGAGCUGCUGCUGCGCGCUGGCUGGGGGCGAGCGAGGCUGCUGCUGCUGCCUGCCUCCUGCCCUUGCUGCAAUGAAUGAUGCGGGAAGAGGAGGAGGAGGAGGAGGAGGCGGUGGCCGCCGGCGCUGCUCGGGCGAAGCACAAAUCCACCGCAACUCCUCCAGUAGCAGCAGCAGCAGCAAGGAAAGCGGCUUUGCCUUGGUGAGCUUACAUCACAAUCCCGGCUCGGGCUGCUGUUUCUCUAAGCGGCACGCAGCAGCCGGCGGCCGGCCUCUCCUCCAGCCCCACGCCGGGGAGCCGCCGAAGGAGGAGGGCGCCAGGAUGCCCGCGGUCGGCGGAUCCGACGAGGGCCAGGCGCCCCCUGGAGCCGCGCCGUCGCCCAAGCCUGCCCGCUCCUCGGGCCGGCCGCCGUCUCGUCGGGAAGGCGGCCCCCGGCCGCUGCUACGUUGGGACGAGGUCCCCGACGACUUCGUGGAGUGCUUCAUCCUGUCGGGCUACCGGCGCCUGCACUGCACGGCGCAGGAGUGCCUGGCGUCGGUGCUGCAGCCCACCAACGAGACGCUCAACUUCUGGACGCACUUCGUGCCGCUGCUGCUCUUCGCCGCCAAGUUCUGCCGCCUGCUGCUGCUGCGCGGCGCCGGCGACGUGCCCUUCCACCACCCGGCGCUGCUGCCGCUCUGGUGCUACGCGUCGGGCGUGCUGCUCACCUUCGCCAUGAGCUGCACGGCCCAUGUGUUCAGCUGCCUGUCGCUGCGCCUGCGCGCCGCCUUCUUCUACUUGGACUACGCCUCCAUCAGCUACUACGGCUUCGCCAGCACCGUGGCCUACUACUACUACCUGCUGCCGGGCCUCAGCCUGCUGGAGCCCCGCGCGCUCAGCCGCUACCUGCAGCAGCGCCUGGGCUGGCACGUGGACUGCAGCGCGCCGCUGGCCGCCUACAGCGCGCUGGUGCUGCCCGUGGCCUUCGCGCUGGCCGUGGCCUGCACCGUGGCCUGCUGCAAGAGCCGCUCCGAGUUUUGCGCCUACCCCUUCGCCAUCCGCACCUUCGUCUUCGUCAUGCCGCUCAGCAUGGCCUGCCCCAUCAUGCUCGAGAGCCUCCUCUUCGACCUGCAGGGCCACAACCCCACGCUCUUCGUCCACUUCUACCGCCGCUACUUCUGGCUGUUGGUGGCCGCCUUCUUCAACGUCAGCAAGAUCCCCGAGCGCAUCCAGCCGGGCCUCUUCGACAUCAUCGGCCACAGCCACCAGCUCUUCCACAUCUUCACCUUCCUCAGCAUCUACGACCAGCUCUUCUACGUCGAGGAAGGCCUGCAGCAGUUCCUGCAAGGGCACACGCCCGCCUUGCCCACCUUCGCGGGCACGGUGGGCUACAUGCUGCUCUUGAUACUGUGCCUGGGCCUGGUCAUCAGGAGGUUUCUCAACGUCCCGGAAGCCUGCAAACACGAUUGAGGUAGCCUCCCCUUACGGUUUCUGUUGCAGGUCUCCAUUUAAAUCGCCCGGAGGGUAUUUUUU